AUGGCGCCCUCCCACCAGCUCCAAACCGCCCUCCUCGUCAUCGACGUGCAAAACUUCUUCACGCCAAUGACCAAGCAAGCGCUCCCGCAGAUAACGACGCUAAUCCACCACUUCCGCGCGCAGCAACUACCCGCGUUCUUCACACAGCACGGACACCCAGAAUCCGAACUCACCGGGCCCCCUUUCGCGAACCAGCUAGUCCGCAAAUGGGGCCCGGACGGCAGCAUCCACCGCGGGUCGGACGACUGGCGCUUGCAACCGCCGGUGCAGGCGCUGAUCGACGACCUAGAGGCGGAUGAGCGCGAGGGGCGGCGCGAGCGGGGGUGGACGGCGGUAGUGCAGAAGAACACGUACGACGCGUUCGUCAAUACGGAUCUGGAGGAGAGGUUGAGGGGGCUCGGGGUGGAAAGGGUGGUGGUGUGCGGGGUGAUGACGGAUUGCUGCGUCGACACGACGGCGCGCAGCGCGUUCGAUCGCGGGUGGGAGACGUGGGUGGUCGAGGAUGCGUGCGGGAGCGCGAAUAGGAAGCAGCAUGAGGCCGGGUUGAGGGGCUUUGGGUUUGCGUUUGGGGAGGUGGUGGGGACGGGGGAUGUGUUGGCGGAGGUUAAGGGCUGA